AUUAUAAGAACUCUUAAGGUACUACAGGAUUUGAAUAUAUCAUUGGAUAUUCUAGUGGAAACUGGCAUAGGCAAAAUAGUUAAAAGUUUUGGGAAACAUGCCACUGCUGGGAAUGUAGCUAAAAACCUGGUAAAACAAUGGAAAAAACUUAUUCCUCCAGAAAAUAAAAGUGGUCACAGAGGAAGAAAACGAAAUGCUGAAAAAGAGGAGAUGAAAGCUUCUGUUUCCAAGGAUAUUAAGCCUUCGGAGAAGUCCAAAGCAUCUGUACUGACCUCUAGAAGAUCCAAUAGGGCUUCCAUUUCUAAAAAGUUGGAUAAGCAGCAUAACUGUAGUAAAAAGACUCACCAAAGUAGAGAUUCUGGGUCACAAAAAGUAUGUGAUAGUAAAGAAUGUAACAGCAAUGGUUCUAAGCAUACUUCCCAGGGUACCCAUCUUCCAGCAAAAGAAAGUGACUUCAAAGAGACAGACAUGAAGCACUCCACAGACAGCAAGGAAGUUCCAGGAAAGCAGUGUACCUCUGAAACCAGGAAAGACUUGCCACCCCUGAAGGAACAGCCUAGCAAAGAUGCUUCCAAGCAGAGAAAUCCUAAGCAUGUGAAGAAACCAAACCAAAAACUUGUCAUGAAAAGCAAAGAUAAAUUAUCUAGUGAUGAGGAAUUUGAGCCCCCUACUAUGUCUUUUGAAUCUUAUCUUAAUUAUGAUCAGUUUCCAAAAAAAAGAAAGAGGAAGGCUUAUUCUACUCACAAUGAACGGCUGAAGAAGUGCAGUGAACAGAACAGCAGCUCUUUAACACAAAAGACUUCAAAACAUUCUCAUGCAAAAGAAGGAGAGGAAAAUGUGAAAAAAUGUGAGGGUGAUCAAAUGGAGACUCCCAAUAAAAAGGCCAAGAUGGCAUCCCUCCAAGAUCUUCUUCAUACUCCACUACCUAAAUUUCUGACAGACCUCUCAAUCUCAUCUCCCCCAUAUGCUGCAGACUUUAAAGCUUCCCUGCCACCUGUUGUAGAAGCACCCCAGCAAAUCAGUGAGACGGUUCAAUUUACAGGACAGAGACUGAACUCUAAAAUGCAAGUUUACUCUGGCUCUAAAACAGUCUGUCUUUCAAAGAUGCUUACACUGUAUGAACAGUGCAUCCGUGUGCUUCAAAAUAAUAUUGACUCGCUGCGUGAAGUAGGAGGUGUGCCCUUUGAAAUUCUUGAGCCUGUGCUAACGCGUUGCACACCAGAGCAGUUGUUUCGAAUAGAGCAGUGUAAUACGAUGUUUGCAGAAGAGUCUGACCACUUGUGGAAGAAACACUGCCAGAGAGACUUUAAAAAAGAAAGACGCCUGGAAUAUGAGUCUUGGCGUGAAAUGUACUUGAGGCUGUUUAAUCAGAGAGAAGAAAAACUGAAGAUGCUUACAAAAAAUAUUCUUUCGGCUCAGUCUGAGAAGCCAAAAGGCAGGCAAGUAAAACUGACUUACGUGACCUGUGCGGCAAAACCACCCAGAAACGUUCGCCGACAGCAAAAAAUCCAUGGGAUAGCAGGACCUGUCACCCAGUUUCAUCCCACAGAGAAGUGCAAAUCAGGGAUUCCAGAAAGCAGAGGCAGAAACAAGUCAUCAAAUCUGAUCCCUGCUAGCAACAGUGGAAGCUGUAGCUCAAGUGUGAACACUCAAGAUGGAAAGAAGCCUGUCAAAACAAUUGCACCAAUCAUGAGGAAAACUUUGAAAGCAUUGAAGAUUAGAGCUGGGCGACAGUAA